AUGCGUGCGACGGAAAGGUUACUAUCCGGCCCAUUGCUGGAUAUCUUCGUCGGACCCGAGGGCCGCCGCUGGUCCUUACAUAAAAACCUCCUCGUCCACCAUGCACGCUUCUUUGACGAAUCAUAUGCAGUUAACGGUGAGCACAAGCGCAUCAACGAUGGCAAACUGGAACUCCGCGACGAGGAUGCAGGCGCAUUUGAACUGCUGGUGAAAUGGCUGUACCAGGGAAAAAUUGACGAUGUCUCAUGGAUGCCCAAGGACGUCAAAUGGGACUAUGCAUUCACAUGCCAAAAACUCUACCUCCUCUGCGACACCAUCGGGCUGCAAGAACUCAAAAACCAAGCCAUCGACCAAUUCCGGCGGGGAUGCCAUGAAGCGGGCCUCGUUCCCGGCCCCGAAGAAAUGAAGCCCGUCUAUGAGAAAACUCCACCCAGUUCUCCCUUCCGGAAACUCGUGAUUAAGAUUGCUGCGAGACAGAUCAUGGACCCCGGGUCGGAGAAAGAUGCAGCCAGCUACAGGGAGUGCUUCGCCAUCACUCCGGACUUUGCAGUCGAUGUGAUCAAUGCGAUCAAGGAGGGCAGUGGUGGGUCACUGUUUGACGAUCCAACAGAGGGUAAUGGGUGUCGGUAUCACGAGCAUGAGGAUGGUGAGAGCUGUCACAAGACGGUCAAAUUCAAGGAUAUUUCGUGA